GGUGUGUGUGUGUGUGCGCGCGUGGAGAGGGCCUGAUCCCCCAAGUUUAGGGUCGAGUCGAGUCCCGGGGGAGUGCCAGAGGAGGAGGUGGCCCGGGAAAGGCGGAGGAGGGCGCACGAACCAGAGGGCGCGCAGGACUCGCAGCCGCGCCGCGCGCGCUCGGGCGGCGCGACCCGGGAGGCGGACUCUCUCUUAACCCUCGCUGUCUCCCCCUCCCUCUUCCUUUUUAAAGGACGUCGUGGAGGCAGAGCUGUCAGCAACCGGGAGGCCGUUUGUACUUGGCCCGGCCAGGCUGACUCCCGUGACAGACAGGGGCGGGGGCUGAGGGGCUGCCUGUCCCGAAGCCCCUUACGUGGGCAUCACACAUUCUCCUGCUUUGGGCUCCGCUCUGGACCCAGCGACGGCGGCGAGUCCAGGUGCUGUGCGGCCCGGGAGUUGCCAGCCCCGGACGCGAUGGCUCCCGUGAGGAGUGGGGUGGGAGGUGGCCGAGGGCUGGGCGAGCCCCUCGCGCCCGAAGAGUUAUGAGCGGGGCAAAGGACCGCAGCAUCAGCCCGAGCCGCAGCCCCGGCCGGCGCCUCCCGCGGGCCCUCGCCAACUCGCCCCCGCGCACCAUGCAGACCCCCGGCCGGCUGAGCCCGCCGCGCAGCCCCUGCUUCCUCCCUGGCCCCCGCUAACCCGCAGGGGACGGGUUUUGGCCGCCCGGGCAGCUCCCCAGGCCGCUCCCCAGGAGAGGCGGAACCGCGGGGCGAGCGGAGCCCCGGCUCAGCCCUUCGCUCUCCAGCCGCGUCCCCCUCCCGGCCGCCCGGCGCGCCCGCGGCGAUGGGGGCGCUGCUGGCGCUCUGCCUCCUCUUGGGCUGGCUGCGCGGGGGGCCGGCGGGCGCCCAGCAGCCCGGAGAGUACUGCCACGGCUGGGUGGACGUGCAGGGCAACUACCACGAGGGUUUCCAGUGCCCGGAGGACUUCGACACGCUGGACGCCACCAUCUGCUGCGGCUCCUGCGCGCUGCGCUACUGCUGCGCCGCGGCCGACGCCAGGCUGGAGCAGGGCGGCUGCACCAACGACCGCGGCGAGCUGGAGCACCCGGGCAUCACGGCGCAGCCUGUCUACGUUCCCUUCCUGAUUGUUGGCUCCAUCUUCAUUGCCUUCAUCAUCCUAGGCUCUUUAGUGGCCAUUUAUUGCUGCACCUGCUUGAGACCUAAGGAACCCUCGCAGCAGCCAAUCCGCUUCUCACUCCGCAGCUAUCAGACAGAGACUCUCCCCAUGAUCUUGACUUCUACGAACCUCAGGGCACCUUCCAGGCAGUCCAGCACCGCUACCAGCUCCAGCUCCACUGGGGGCUCCAUCCGAAGGUUCUCCUUUGCCCGGGCAGAACCAGGCUGCCUGGUGCCCUCACCGCCCCCGCCUUACACCACGGGCCACCCAAUCCACUUGACCCAGCCGUCCGGAUUCCUGGUAUCACCCCAGUACUUCGCUUACCCGCUCCAGCAGGAGCCCCCGCUGCCUGGGAAGAGCUGUCCAGACUUCACUUCCAGUUGACAGGCCAUGGCUACAGAUCCAUCGUCUAGUGCAAUGGCACGCCUGUGGAUGCUGCUGCCAUGGCCACCAGGAAUCCCAAGACAAUUUCACUUGGACCAGCAACGUCAUGGAGGAAAGUGCAAGGAAAAUACAGCGCCUCUUAGCCUUGAGGUUCCUGGCUGCAGUCACAGAACGGCUGUAUGAAGAAAAUUGCUUUCUGGCUUUGAAAGCACAGUGACUAUUACGUUUCAACUUAUGCUACUUUUAUUCAAAAUAUGCAGUAGUCCGACUUGAAAGUUACAAAUCGGCUGAAGCUGUUUUAUUGGACAACUCAGCUAUCCUACAUAGGUCUAUGCGUUCUUUUUUCGUUAUAAGUUCUUUAGUGAGUCAUAAUACAAAUAUAUACAUAAAUAAGCAAAGAAGUUGUACCUGAUUGUAAUUAUCGAAGGUUCAUUUGAAAAAUUAAGUGCUAAGUAAACUGAAGAGACAGUGAACAGCCUGUUUAUAAUUUGGGGAGCAAGUUAACUGGGAAUAAUAUGAGCAUCAUGAGAACAGUUAUUUUUUAAAUCAAUAGCUAAAUUUUGUUGGAAAUAUAAGAGUGUCUUCAGAAGAUUUCAAUAACUGCAUGAGAAAUUUAAUAUUUUAAAUAUUUACUUAGAUAUUCAUUGUAACAGAGAUCUUAUGUAAAAGCAUUUCCCCCACCUGCCCAAGGGAAUAUUUAUUGCAGAUGUUUUGUUCAGCAACAUUUAGUGUUUAAAUGAAAGUUGAACAGUUGGGUCUUAAAACAUUUAUUUGUAAAAUGAGUUAUGUACAAAUGUAAAGAUUUGUAAUUUAAUGUAUUUACUACACUGAUGGUACUAAUUAUUUAGUAGUCACACUGUAAUUUUUUAUGUUAAUAAUAAGCGUGGAGUUCAAAGUUCAGCUUUGGCUAUAAUCAUCUGAUAGUAUGUAUCUUAAGUGCCACGGAAUUCCAUGUCUGAUGACUAAAUAUUUGGGCAUAUAUCCUGCUGGAUUAGAAUAAAUAAAAUGCUUUAUGUUUUCAUGAAAUCUCUUUGAAACUUUAGAUCAAAGUGCUUCAUUGUAUCUCCUUAAUGGUACUCUCUGCUAUUCAAUAAAAGGAAAUGUCUUUAUCUAA